AUGGAAAAUUUUGAAUGGAAUGACCCACUUCUUAUAACUGACGUUGCUUUCCUGCAACAGCAAGAUCUUACCCAUACUAACUCUCAACCUCACUCUAAGUGCAUUUUUCCCACGUUGUGUAGCUCAGAAGCUUUAGUCAUGGAAAAUUCCGAUGACUCCAGUCGAACCGAGAUUGAUGGCAGGUCAGUGAUGGGGUUUUCUUUGGCAUCACCUGAUCUGGUAAUAUGUAUGGGUUCGCCUGAUGUUCCUAGUCCAAGAUAUGAACUUUCACCUGAAUUUUAUAAUGGUGAUAUAAUUGAUGUCUCUUUAGAAAAUGGAAUCAAGGGCUCUGAAAUGAAAGAAUCCCUUGAGAACCGGGCGGGAAAUUAUGAAGACAUUUGUACAGACUCCUCUUUCGAGCUUGUUGCAUCACCAUUCGUGGAAGAGAAUUCUAUCAAAUGCUGCACUCGUGUUAUGAGCAUCAACGUUGGAUCAACAGAUAGUAUAAGGUUCCAAGGAGCAGUACAGUUUUCUGAAGAUAGUUGUUUCAAUGGAGGUGAUAUUGUGAGGACAAAUGAUCCCAUAAGUGGGGAUGGAGAAGGCUUUAGUCUUUACCAGACUGCACGUUUUGGGAAUUGUUCGUAUCAUUUUGAUACUUUAGAACCCAAAACUUAUAUGGUUGAUCUGUACUUUGCUGAGAUUGUAUUUACUGAUGGUCCUCCUGGAAAUAGAGUUUUUGAUGUUUACUUACAGGACAAAAAGGUUGUAUCUUGCUUAGAUAUUUAUGCUCGUGUUGGCUCAAAUACACCACUGGUGAUAUCUGAUCUUAAAACUUGCAUUAAUGGAGAUGAGGGAUUGUCUAUUAGAUUUGAAGGAGUAAAUGGGAGCCCAAUAGUUUCUGGUAUUUCCAUUAGGAAUUAUGCUUCAGCAGAGUCUGAAGAGGUCGAAGGAAUGGGAUUGACAUACAUGCCACAAUGCGAGUCACCACAAGAUAUUGGUUAUGGUUCCGUGGAUGAAGAAUUCCAUAGGCUUCAAAUAGAGAAUGAAUCCCAGAAGAAGGAACUUGCAGAAACAAAAACGGUUUUAGAAGAGGUUAAGAGAGAGAAUGAGCUCAGAAGCAGAGAAUGCCAAAAAGCUUUGAAGUCUUUGAAUGAGCUUCAGAAUGAGCUUAUGCGUAAAUCAAUGCAUGUUGGAUCUCUGGCCUUUGCUAUUGAGGGUCAAGUGAAAGAAAAGAGCAAAUGGUUUUCAUCACUGAGAGACUUGACAAGAAAACUCAAGCUUUUGAAGAUGGAUCAUAUCACGCUUUUAGAAGUGGCAACAUCUUUUAAGCAAUGCAUGGCAGAUAUGGACAGUGUUAGCUCUAUCAUUCAGUCCAAAAUAAAUGAGCACACACAAUUAUAUAGUGAUGUAAAAAUUAAAUUCCUCAAAGGGGUCAACGAGAGGAAAGAACUCUAUAAUAAGGUUCUCGAAUUGAAAGGAAACAUUAGAGUAUUCUGCAGGUGUCGGCCUCUAAACCUUGACGAGAUUGCUGCAGGAGCUUUAAUGGCAAUUGACUUUUCGUCGGAAAAGGAUGGGGAAUUAACUGUUAAAUCAAACGGAAUAUCUAAGAAAAUCUUUAAGUUUGAUGCUGUCUUCAGCCCUCAAGCAGACCAGGCUGAUGUUUUUGAGGAUACAUCCCCACUUGCAACUUCAGUUUUAGAUGGAUACAAUGUCUGCAUAUUUGCUUAUGGUCAGACAGGAACCGGGAAAACUUUUACAAUGGAGGGAACAAAUGAUAACCGUGGGGUUAACUAUAGAACCCUUGAGGAGCUAUUUCACAUCAUUGAGGAGCGAAAGAAUACAUUCCGAUAUGAAAUAUCUGUGUCUGUCUUGGAGGUUUAUAAUGAACAAAUACGGGAUUUAUUAGUUUCAGGGUCACAACCUGGAGUUACUUCCAAGAGGCUUGAGAUAAAACAAGUAGUUGAAGGAGGACAUCAUGUUCCCGGGAUUGUUGAAGCUCGUGUGACCAAUGUGAAUGAAGUAUGGGAAGUCCUUAGGACUGGCAGUAAUGGAAGGGCAGUUGGAUCAACUAAUGCCAAUGAACACAGUAGCAGAUCACAUUGCAUGCACUGUGUGAUGGUGAAGGGAGAGAAUCUAAUUAAUGGAGAAUGCACAAGAAGCAAGCUAUGGCUGGUUGACCUAGCAGGAAGUGAGAGAAUAGCUAAGACCGAAGUGCAAGGUGAAAGGUUAAAAGAAACCCAGAAUAUUAAUAGAUCGCUAUCUGCACUUGGAGACGUGAUAUCUGCUCUUGCUACUAAGAGUCCACAUAUUCCUUUCAGGAACUCCAAGCUCACUCACUUGCUUCAAGACUCUUUAGGAGGAGAUUCAAAGACGUUAAUGUUUGUGCAGAUCAGUCCCAAUGAGAAUGACCUGACCGAGACUCUUUGCUCGUUAAAUUUUGCAAGUAGAGUUAGAGGAAUAGAGUUAGGUCCUGCAAAGAAGCAAAUGGACAGCACUGAGCUCUUCAAGCACAAACAAAUGGUUGAAAAACUUAAACAAGAUUUGAAGAGUAGGGAUUUUCAAGUUAAGAAGAUGGAGGAUAUUAAUCACGGUCUUGAGGUGAAGAUAAAGGAGAAAGACGCGAAAAACAGAAACUUGCAAGACAAGAUCAAAGAAUUGGAAUCGCAACUUUUGGUAGAGAGGAAGCUAGCACGGCAGCAUGUAGACUCUAGAAUAGCAGAACAACAACAGCAAGAGGAGGAAAAUCGCGAAAAUUUGAGAGUACCAUUUGCACCUAAAACAAUUGGUGUUCAUAAAGCUCAGUUCGAAGGUAAAGAUCAAGUGAAUGUAACUCGUCCAUUUGCUGAGAACAACAAAUUCUCAACGCGCUCUAAUCUUACAGAUGGACUUGUUAAGCUCAAUGAUUCGUCAGAGAAAGAAAAUAAACCUGUUAUGGUUGAACGGUUACCAUUGCCAAAGCGUACAGGCAGAGCUUCUCUUUGUACUACAGCACAGAUAAGUUCUGCUGCACUAGCUCAACGACGCAACUCUUUAAUUCCAUUACCUAGUUUGCCUGGGACAACCAAGCCUCUUCCGUUCCUCCCCUUGACACCAAUCCAAGCAGAUACGCGAGAACAGGUCCAAGAAGUUGAAGGUACUCAUUCGCCUGAACAGACACCUUGCGAGAGUCCUAAAGAGACUAGAAUUGGAAGUAAGAAGCUGAGCAGCACAUUGAGACGAAGCCUUCAGAAGAAAAUUCAAAUAAAGUCUCCAAUGCAGCCACACAUGCGAAGAAUUGGAGUAAAUGUUGGAAUGGAGAAGGUUAGAGUUUCUAUAGGAAGCCGAGGGAGAAUGGGGUAUAGAGCAUUCCCUGGCAAUGCUAGAAGAGUAGUAAUAAAGGAUACUCAGCAAAAGCAAAGCACCAGAGAGAAAGAACGAGGUUGGAACAUUGGAAAAACAACAAGAACUGUUAUAUGA